AGAGAGAGAGAGAAGAUGGAGAACGGAUCAUCGACGGCGGUGAGAUGGGGUUUCCAAGGGAACAAAGGGCUGAGCAAGGCGUCGGCGAUCACCAUUAGAGGAAUUCUGAACGAGGUUAUGGAAAACAUCGACAAAGCAGACCCUAGGCCCAUCAUUCCUCUCGGCCACGGCGACCCCUCUGCUUUUCCCUGCUUUCGUACCACUCCUUUCGCCGAGGACGCCAUCGCCGACGCCGUCCGAUCCGCCAAAUUCAACGGUUAUUCUCCUACCGUCGGUAUUCUUCCGGCUCGAAGGGCCAUAGCAGAGUACCUCUCAAAAGAUCUUCCAUACAAGUUGUCACCAGACGAUGUUUAUUUGACAAUUGGAUGUACACAAGCAAUUGAAGUUAUGUUAACAGUUCUUGCUCGUCCAAAUGCAAACAUUCUGCUCCCAAGACCAGGCUUCCCACUCUAUGAAGCCCGUGCUGCAUUUAGCCAUCUUGAAGUCCGCCACUAUGAUCUUCUUCCAGAGAAAGGUUGGGAGGUAGAUCUUGAUGCAGUUGAAGCUCUAGCAGAUGAAAAUACUGUCGCUAUGGCUAUUAUUAAUCCUGGCAAUCCUUGUGGGAAUGUCUUUACAUACCAACAUUUAAAGCAGGUUGCUAAGACUGCAAGAAAGCUUGGAAUAUUAGUGAUUGCUGAUGAAGUUUAUGAUCAUCUUACUUUUGGGAGUAACCCAUUCGUGCCCAUGGGAGUCUUUGGAUCAAUUGCACCUGUUAUUACAGUUGGGUCUAUAUCCAAGAGGUGGAUUGUUCCAGGUUGGCGACUUGGUUGGCUUGUCACAAAUGAUCCCAAUGGCAUCCUUGCAAAAUAUGGGAUAGUUGACUGCAUUAAGGGCUUUCUAAAUAUUUCCGCUGACCCGGCAACUUUCAUUCAGGGGGCAAUUCCUCAAAUCCUUGAGAAAACGAAAGAUGAUUUCUUUUCCAAAAUUGUUAAUGUACUGAGAGAAGCUGCAGACAUUUGCUAUUAUGGAAUUAAAGAGAUCCCUUGCAUUUCUUGCCCAAGCAAACCUGAAGGAUCUAUGUUUGUAAUGGUGAAACUAAAUCUGUCACUCCUGGAAGACAUUAAAGAUGAUAUUGACUUCUCUUUCAAGCUGGCAAAGGAGGAGUCUGUGAUUGUUCUACCAGGGGUGGCUGUAGGACUAAAGAAUUGGCUCCGCAUAACAUUUGCCAUUGAGCCAUCAUCUCUUGAAGAAGGCCUGGGGAGAAUAAAAGCUUUCUACCAAAGGCAUGCUAAGAAGCAAUAAGGUAGGUGACAUUGAUGCAUCAAGCUAUUUGAAGUCAUGAAGUCUCGACGAAGGGGUCAUGUUUCCUCUCUAGUAACUUGGUUGUUGUGCAGAAUUUGAAUUUGAAAAGUGUGAUUCAGGUGUUUACUGUUGAGCAACAACUGCUCAUUGAUCUCACAUCCUUUCAAAUUAAUAAUCUUUCCUGUUCCUCAAGGGUAGUAUUAGUAGCUCAAGCCUUGAAUAUCGUGUAAUAAGGACACAAGAUGGUGGUGGUGAUCAGCAACUCCUUGUUGGAUGUCACGCUUCCUCUCAUUAUUGUAGUUAUUAUUUUCAAUAAUUUAUUCAGCAUUCAAGUGUUGUGACUAAACAAUUGUUUUCUUUUUGCAUUUAUUUUCAAUUCUGAAAAGUUCCAAAAUGCAAUUACAUAGUA